AUGUACGGCGCCGGUCAAGGAGCCCAGACGGGCAUUUCCACCCCCAGAUCCAGCGCUUCUCUCCGACCGUUGACUCUCUCCCACGGAUCUCUCGAGACUUCCUUCCUCAUCCCCACCAACCUUCACUUCCACGCCUCUCAGUUGAAAGACAAGUUUGUCGCCACGCUACCCGAAGCCACCGACGAGCUUGCCCAGGAUGACGAGCCAUCGUCAGUUCCCGACUUGGUUGCCAGAUACCUUGAUCUCAUCGCCCACGAAGUCGAUGAGGGUGAGGAUGACGAUGCUGGCUCCUACGAGGAGGUCUUGAAGCUCGUCCUUAACGAGUUUGAGCGCAAUUUCCUCCGUGGCAACGAAGCCCACGCCGUUGCCGCCAACCUGCCCGGCAUUGAGUCCAAGAAGCUGGACUUUAUCCGCAGCUACUACACCGCUCGCUCUGUCUGCAACCGACCGAUCAAGCCCCAUGCCUCAGCCCUCUUCCGAGCUGCUGAGGAUGGUGACGCCGAAAUCUACACAAUUUUCGGUGGUCAGGGUAACAUUGAGGAGUACUUUGAGGAGUUGCGAGAAAUCUUCAAGACAUACUCGAGCUUCGUUGGUGAUCUCAUCACGCGAUCAGCCGAGCUCCUCCAGACUCUCUCCAAAGACCCCAAGGCCGAGAAGAUGUUCCCUAAGGGUUUGGACAUCAUGAACUGGCUACACCACGAGGAUUCUACUCCUGAUAUCGACUACCUGAUUUCGGCACCUGUCAGUUUCCCUCUUAUUGGUCUUGUUCAGCUUGCCCACUAUGAGGUGACAUGUAAGGUCCUUGGUGUUCACCCUGGUAUGCUGCGAGAGAGAAUUACUGGUUCCACCGGUCACUCUCAAGGUAUUGUCAUGGCCGCCGCCACUGCUGCUGCCGACUCUUGGGACUCAUGGCAGGACAUCAGCAGCUCAGUUCUGACCAUGCUUUUCUGGAUCGGAACACGAAGCCAGCAGGCCUUCCCCACCACUUCAAUGACUCCCACUAUGCUUCGCGAGUCCUCGGAGCACGGAGAGGGCUCACCCACUCCUAUGCUUAGCAUCCGAGAUCUUCCUCAGGCUGAGGUUCAAAAGCACAUUGAUGCUACCAACCAGUACCUUCCCGAGGACCGUCACAUCAGCAUCUCCCUCAUCAACAGCCCCCGAAACCUGGUUGUGACAGGACCUCCCACCUCUCUCUACGGUCUUAACACCCAGCUGCGAAAGGUCAAGGCUCCCGUUGGCCUGGAUCAGAACCGAAUCCCCUUCACUGAGCGAAAGGUUCGCUUCGCCAACCGAUUCCUGCCCAUCACCGCUCCUUUCCACAGCAAGUACCUUUCUGAGGCCACUGCCAUGAUCGACGAGGAUCUGAAGGACAUCAACAUCGACUCUAGCGAUCUCGGCAUUGCUGUCUUUGAUACCAACACUGGCAAGGAUCUUCGAGAGGAGGUUAAGGGUAACAUCAUCCCUGCUCUGGUUCGCUUGAUCACUCGCGACCCUGUCAACUGGGAGAAGGCCACCGUCUUCCCUGAUGCCACUCACAUUCUGGACUUCGGUCCUGGUGGUGUUUCUGGACUCGGUGUUUUGACCAGCCGAAACAAGGAGGGCACUGGUGUCCGUGUCAUCUUGGCCGGUACCGUCGACGGUGGCAUGAACGACCUUGGCUACAAGGCUGAGCUCUUCGACCGCGAUGAGGAGAACGCUGUCAAGUACGCCAUCGAUUGGGUCAAGGAGUUCGGCCCCAAGCUCGUGAACAACAAGAGCGGCCGAACUUACCUCGAUACCAAGAUGAGUCGUCUUCUUGGCCUCCCCCCAGUUCUCGUUGCCGGUAUGACACCCUGCACUGUUCCCUGGGACUUUGUCGCCGCUACCAUGAACGCUGGAUACCAUAUCGAGCUUGCUGGUGGUGGCUACUUCGUUGGCCCCAUGAUGACCGAUGCUAUCACCAAGAUUGAGAAGGCUAUUCCCGCCGGUCGUGGUAUCUCAAUCAACCUGAUCUAUGUCAACCCUCGUGCCAUGGCCUGGCAGAUUCCUUUGAUCCAGAAGCUCCGAUCUGAGGGUGUUCCCAUCGAGGGUCUUACCAUCGGUGCUGGUGUUCCUUCUAUCGAGGUUGCACAGGAGUACAUUGAGACUCUUGGCCUGAAGCACAUCAGCUUCAAGCCUGGUUCUCUUGAUGCCAUCCAAUCCGUCAUCAACAUCGCCAAGGCCAACCCCCACUUCCCUGUUAUGCUUCAGUGGACCGGAGGUCGUGGUGGUGGUCACCACUCUUUCGAGGAUUUCCAUCACCCUAUUCUCCAGAUGUAUGGCCGUAUCCGACGACAAGAGAACAUCAUUCUUGUUGCCGGUAGUGGUUUCGGUGGUGCUGAUGACACCUACCCCUACAUCACUGGUGACUGGUCCAAGAAGUACGGCUACCCUCCCAUGCCUUUCGAUGGUUGCUUGUUCGGUAGCCGCAUGAUGGUUGCCAAGGAGGCUCACACCAGCAAGGCCGCCAAGGAGGCUAUCGUCGCUGCUCCUGGUCUUGAGGACAGCGAGUGGGAGCAGACCUACAAGGGACCUGCUGGUGGUGUUCUUACUGUCCGAUCCGAGAUGGGCGAGCCUAUCCACAAGCUCGCUACUCGUGGAGUUCGGUUCUGGGCCGAGAUGGACCAGAAGAUCUUUAGCCUUCCCAAGGAGAAGCGCGUUGCCGAGCUCAAGAAGAACAAGGAUUACUACAUCAAGAAGCUCAACGAUGAUUGCCAGAAGGUCUGGUUCGGUCGCAACAAGGAGGGCAAGGCUGUCGAUCUCGAUGACAUGACUUACGCCGAGGUUCUGCGACGUCUCGUCGAACUCCUCUACGUCAAGCACCAGUCUCGCUGGAUCGACCGCUCUUACAUUGUUCUUGUCGGUGAUUACAUUCACCGUCUCGAGGAGCGUCUGACCGCCACCCCUGGUCAGGCCUCUCUCCUCCAGAGCUACUCCGAGCUCAGCGAUCCUUUCGAGGUCAUCGACCGCAUCCUCGCCGCCUACCCCGAUGCCGAGACUCAGAUCAUCAACGCUCAGGAUGUUCAGUACUUCCUUAUCAUGUGCAUGCGACCUACUCAGAAGCCUGUCACUUUCAUUCCUGUCUUUGACGACAACUUCGAGUUCUACUUCAAGAAGGACUCCCUGUGGCAGUCUGAGGAUUUGGAUGCUGUUGUUGACCAGGACGUUGGCCGUACUUGCAUUCUUCAGGGACCUGCUGCUGCCAAGUUCUCUACCGAGAUUGACCAGCCCAUCAAGUCAAUUCUCGAUGACAUCCACGAGACUCAUGUCAAGUACCUCACUAGGGAUCAGUACAACGACAACACGGCUUCCAUCCCCUACAUUGAGUACUUUGGUGGCAAGCUUGUUGACCCCGAGAUUCCUCUUGAUGUUGAGGGCCUGACCGUCAGCUACGACACUUACAAGAACACCUACCGCCUGUCGUCAUCUGCUGCCGCCACCCUCCCCGAGCUUGACUCUUGGCUGUCUCUCCUUGCCGGCCCUAACCGUAACUGGCGUCAUGCUCUGCUCAUGGCUGAUGUUGUUGCUCAGGGUCAGAAGUUCCAGACCAACCCUAUCCGACGCAUUUUUGCUCCUUCUCGUGGUCUGUUCGUUGAGAUCUCUUACCCUAACGAUCCUUCCAAGACAACCAUUGUUGUCCGCGAGCAGCCCCGCCACAACCAGUACGUCGAUGUCAUCGAGGUUAAGCUUGUCGGCGAGAACAAGAUCCAGGUCAACAUGAUCAAGGAGACUACUGCUCUUGGCAAGCCUGCUGCUCUGCCCCUGGAGUUCACCUACCACCCUGAGGCUGGUUACUCUCCUAUCCGUGAGGUUAUGGAGGGUCGUAACGACCGCAUCAAGGAGUUCUACUGGAAGGCAUGGUUCGGUGAUGAGGCUCUUGACUUGGAUGCUGAUGUCACUGCCAAGUUCGAUGGUGGUAAGACCACCAUCACUGGUGAGGCUAUCAACGACUUCGUCCACGCCGUCGGCAACACUGGCGAGGCCUUCGUCGACCGACCUGGCAAGACUGUCUACGCUCCCAUGGAUUUCGCCAUCGUCAUUGGUUGGAAGGCUAUCACCAAGCCCAUCUUCCCUCGCACCAUCGACGGUGAUCUUCUGAAGCUUGUCCACUUAUCUAACCAGUUCCGCAUGAUCCCCGGUGCUGAGCCUCUCAAGAAGGGCGAUGAGGUCUCUACCACUGCCCAGAUCAAUGCCGUCAUUAACCAGGAGGCUGGUAAGAUGGUUGAGGUCUGUGGUACUCUCGUCCGUGAUGGCAAGCCUGUCAUGGAGGUCACUUCUCAGUUCUUGUACCGCGGUACCUACACCGACUACGAGAACACUUUCCAGCGAAAGGUUGAGACCCCCAUCCAGGUUCACCUUGCUACCACCCGCGAUGUUGCUAUCCUCCGAUCCAAGGACUGGUUCUCCGUUGAUGAGCUUCCUCAGAACAUUGAGUUGCUCGGCCAGACUCUGACUUUCCGCCUCCAGAGCUUGGUUCGCUACAAGAACAAGACUGUCUUCAGCAGCAUCGAGACCCGAGGCCAGGUCCUUCUUGAGCUCCCCACCAAGGAGAUCAUCCAGGUUGGUAGUGUUGACUACGAGACCGGAGAGUCUCACGGCAACCCUGUCAUUGACUACCUCGAGCGAAACGGCCAGCCUAUCGACCAGCCCAUCAACUUCGAGAACGCCAUCCCUCUCAGUGGAAGGUCUCCUCUCGCCCUCCGAGCUCCUGCUUCCAACGAGAACUACGCUCGUGUGUCUGGUGAUUACAACCCCAUUCACGUUUCUCGUGUCUUCUCCAGCUACGCCAACCUUCCUGGAACCAUCACCCACGGCAUGUACUCCAGUGCUUCCGUCCGAAGCCUCGUCGAGACCUGGGCUGCCGAGAACAACAUUGGCCGUGUCCGAAGCUUCCACGCUUCGCUGGUCGGUAUGGUUCUGCCCAACGAUGACCUUGAGGUCAAGCUCCAACACUCUGGCAUGGUCUCUGGUCGCAAGAUCAUCAAGGUCGAGGUCCGCAACAAGGAGACUGAGGACAAGGUCCUCGAGGGUGAGGCCGAGGUUGAGCAGCCUGCUACAGCCUAUGUCUUCACUGGUCAAGGUUCUCAGGAGCAGGGUAUGGGUAUGGAGCUGUACGCCAGCAGCCCUGUUGCCAAGGAGGUCUGGGACCGCGCCGACAAGUACCUUCUCGACGCAUAUGGUUUCUCCAUCACCAACAUCGUCAAGAACAACCCCAAGGAGCUCACCAUCCACUUCGGUGGUCCCCGUGGUAAGGCUAUCCGCCAGAACUAUAUUGCCAUGACUUUCGAGACCGUCGCCGCCGACGGUAGCAUCAAGUCCGAGAAGAUCUUCAAGGAGAUUGACGAGACCACCACCUCGUACACCUACCGAUCUCCCACUGGUCUUCUCUCGGCCACUCAGUUCACUCAGCCCGCCCUUACCCUCAUGGAGAAGGCCAGUUUUGAGGACAUGAAGGCCAAGGGACUUGUGCCCAACAACAGCACAUUUGCCGGUCACUCGCUUGGUGAAUACUCGGCCCUUGCUGCCCUUGCUGAGGUCAUGCCCAUUGAGAGCUUGGUGUCUGUUGUGUUCUACCGUGGUCUCACCAUGCAGGUUGCCGUCGAGCGUGAUGCCGCUGGCCGAUCCAACUACUCCAUGUGUGCUGUCAACCCUAGCCGCAUCAGCAAGACCUUCAACGAAGCUGCUCUCCAGUUCGUUGUCGACAACAUUGCUGAGGAGACUGGCUGGCUUCUCGAGAUUGUCAACUACAACAUCGCCAACCAGCAGUACGUCUGUGCCGGUGACCUCCGUGCGCUCGACACUCUUGCUGGUGUGACCAACUUCAUCAAGAUCCAGAAGAUCGACAUUGAAGAGGUCAAGGACAACAUUGAGGAGGUCAAGGGACACCUCCGCGAGAUCAUUCGCGGCUGUGCCGAGAAGACCCUGGCCAAGCCUACCCCUCUCGAGUUGGAGCGUGGCUUCGCUACCAUCCCUCUCCGAGGUAUCGAUGUGCCUUUCCACUCAACCUUCCUCCGAUCUGGUGUCAAGCCUUUCCGUUCCUUCUUGCUCAAGAAGAUCAACAAGACCUCUAUUGAUCCUUCCAAGCUGGUUGGAAAGUACAUUCCCAACGUGACAGCCAAGCCUUUUGCGCUGACCAAGGAGUACUUUGAGGAUGUUUACAAGCUGACCAACUCGCCCAAGAUUGGUGCCGUUUUGGCCAACUGGGACAAGUACAACCAGGAUGAGGUUGCUGCCAACGGCGUUGAGGGCAGUGAAAGCUCCAGCGGCGAGUACGAGGGAUCUGGCCGUGCUGCUUAA